GUGUGUGAAAAAGAAGCUUAAGCAGAGAAAUACUCAUGAUUAAUUAGAUAAAAUAUAAUAUUAGGCCUAUUUGUUAUUUGUAACAAUAAUUAUGGUUUAAUAUACGCAUGAUGUUUCUCUUCUUCGUUUUUUAACUUAUGAAAAUAUUUAAACUGUUUCCUGAAUGAACUUCAGGUUUCGAGACUAUUGUGUCGCCAUUUUGAACUGUGAAGUGAGGAGAAGGAACUUUAUGAAGUCGAUUUAUUUUCGGGGAAAUGUCAUUGACCGAUAUUAAUAUUAACAGUAGCAUUAGCAGCAAAUAUUUGUUGAGAAUAUUAUUUUCGUGGAAGUGGAUUUAGUUUUAUGAAUAGCAAAGGAGUCUGUAUAUCUGAAGGAAUUUGAUGAGACAAUAGUUUGAUUACAGAAUAUAUGAUUUAAUUUUUUUUAAAAGUUAAGUCAAAACGUCAUAAAGAUAAACGCUAUUUUACUCAAUAAGUGAGUAACUUAAGUAGAAGAACAGAAACUGAUUAUGAGUCUUAACUUUUACAAACAGUGCAGACUACAGCUUAAAGUUAAAGUUUAACUGCAACGUAAUGUAAUGUCAGUGUUUUAUGACAUUAAACAAACAAUAAGUGAGUAACACAGUUUGUUGAAAAACAGACUCGACCUACUGGUACUAGUACAAGUAGUACUAUCUUGACUUGAGUACUUUAGAACUAGAAGUAUUACUAUUACUACGUUGAAGGUCUGUCAUAAGAUUUGGUACUUAGUUGAUGGUAUUUCUAGAACUACUGUUAGUGUUUCUAGCAGUACUGGGCAUAGUUAACUGAAAUUAAGAAUAAAAUGAAAUUUGGAUCAUAUCAAGAUUAAAUUUAUAGAUAUAGGACAUGUAUGAAAAAUAGCUAACAAAAAAUGGAAGAAACUAAAAUUAUCUAUCACGUUGAAGAAGAAGAAACUCCAUAUUUGGUGAAAUUACCAAUACAUCCUGAACGAGUUACCCUGGGUGAUUUUAAAAAUGUUCUCAAUCGACCAAACUUCAAGUUUUUUUUCAAGUCAAUGGAUGAUGAUUUUGGGGUGGUUAAAGAAGAAAUUAUAGAUGAUGAUGCCAAAUUACCCUGCUUCAAUGGAAGAGUAGUGUCUUGGCUAGUGUCUGCUGAAGGAAGCAAUGUUUCAGAUGGAAAUUCUCAGUGUACUGACUUGACUUCUCAUAGAUCCGAUAUUCAGAUUCCUGUUGACAGCAGGCCACUUCAUUAUCGCACAACUGGAGUAGACCACAGAGAGAUUUUGGCUGACACUACUUGUACAGAAACUGAGUCUGUGAUUAGUUCUCGAAAAGAUCGACAUGGCCACAGAUCUUCCAAGCAUCGAGAUAAGUAUUUUCAUGAUGAUCAUGCUCGUAUCAAUGGCCACAGCAAGCAUGGUGGUCAUGGUCGAGGAGAUCGCCAUCGAAGUGGACACCAUUAUGAAUCUUCAUCUAUGGUGACAAGUGACAUUGAAACUACAAGCUUUCUUGAUUCUGAAGAAGAGUCCAUUAGCAGAAUAUCAACCACAACAGAGGGGAGCAGUGUGUCUAAAAUUCAUGGUCGUCAUAGACGAAGAAGGAAAAAACACAGGAUGCCACCGAUGAGUAGGACUUCAUCCAUUAGUAGUAUUACAGAGUCAACAAUGUCCCUUAAUAUCAUUACAGUAACUCUAUAUUUAGACAGUGUUAACUUCUUAGGAAUCAGUAUUGUUGGUAAUUCUUAUAAAGGAAGUGACGGUGGAAUUUAUGUGGGUUCCAUAAUGAAAGGAGGGGCAGUUGCUUUAGAUGGAAGAAUUGAGCCUGGAGACAUGAUUCUUCAAGUUAAUGAUAUUAAUUUUGAAAACAUGGGAAAUGAAGCUGCUGUCAAAGUACUUCGAGAAGCAGUUCAGAAACCUGGGCCAAUAAAAUUAGUUGUAGCAAAAUGCUGGGAUCCUAACCCUAAGGGCUACUUCACCAUUCCCUGGACAGAGCCGGUUCGGCCAAUUGAUCCAGGGGCCUGGAUUGCACACACAGAGGCAGUUAGAGCUGGGGAUUAUCCAUUGCGUCCUCCAUCUGUGAGCACCCUAACCUCCACUAGUUCCUCCAUCACCAACUCAAUCCCUGAAUCUGAUCGUCAGUUUCAUGACACUCCACUAACAACGGACACUGACAUGGCAACUGUUGUAAAAGUCAUGGCAGCUCCAGACUCUGGACUGGAUGUCAGAGACCGCAUGUGGCUGAAAAUAACAAUACCUAAAGCCUUUAUUGGUGCUGAUGUAGUUGACUGGCUGUUUACGCAUGUACAGGGAUUUCAAGACAGACGGGAAGCACGCAAGUAUGCCACUCAGAUGUUGAAAACUGGCUACAUUCGUCAUACAGUGAACAAAAUCACCUUUUCUGAACAGUGCUACUACGUCUUUGGAAAUUUGUGUAGUAACAUGGCAGGCUUAAAAAUCAAUAGAGAUGAUUCUGUAAGUGAGGCAGAUCGAGAUACCCUGGGACCACUUCCUCCUCCCACAGUUCAGGCUUCUUGGGGCACACAGAUGCCUUAUUCUGGUAGUUAUGUUCCCCAGACCACUGGUUUUAUUCCAAUGCCAUUCAACUACAACACGGAGACUCCUGUUUAUACCAACCUGAUUCAGGAGGGGAGCAUUAAAAGUGGUUCAGGUGGCAGCAGCAAUGGAGGAGCCAAGGAUAAAAGUAGAAAAAGUGGCAGUCCUGGAGGAAGCGAUUCUGAGGUAGCUAGUCAGAGAAGUGGUGGGCGGCUAGGCAAAGCAGUGGGCAGUGAAGGUGGUGGAAGCAGUGGAAGUGAACCUAGUCUCAAUACUCAAACAUCUCAAAAUGUUGCUUGCCUUGAAGCCGUCCCUGCAGAGCUUGCUGGUGGCAGAAAGUCCUUUGGCAGAGAUAUGGCCAGUCCAUGUGAAUAUUUUGUUGAUGUGAUGUGAUGCUGUACUGGAAUUGAACGAAUUAGCAAGUUGAGGAUGACAUAUUGGAGUACCAAUUCUCAGACCAAGGAUUUGUGUAAUGUAAGGCCUGUAUCCUGCUCUUAUUUUAUUUAGUAGUCCUACCAUUAUUCAUUGUUGUAUGUUUUUAUUAUUGUUGUUUUAGUCCAAGGUUUUGUUUAAACUGAUACCUCUUGGAAAUUAAUUAUUUAGUUAAUAUGAGGAAGUUGUGCAAUUGGGAAAUACGUUAGGUCCUCUUGUCUUUGACUCGAGUAAUCGAAACAAGUCCUUUAUUCUCAGUAUUCAGGGAUAGGUGAAUUGUGAUUAUAAAAUAUUUCUUGUGUCACAGAUUUGAAAUAUCACUGGUCAGUAAACUAAUUAAUGCAUAAAAUUAAAAGAUACCUUUUUUUACUGUGAUACUUUUACAUAUAUCAGUACUGUUAAACUGUUCUUACUACCACAGUUUAAUGCACAUUAUAGAACAGUUCCAUAUUUCGUUCCUUUAAUCCAGUGGUCUUAAACAAAGCCAUUUCAAUCCUUCCAUCAUGGAACCCCAACCCUUAAAACCUAGAUGAAAGUGAUCAAAUUUUGGUGUUAAUGUAACUGUCUGGAGUAGACUGAAUAUCAACUGACUCGUGAUUUUUGAAAUUAAAUUUGGUCACUGAUAAGUUAACACUAACUGAAAAAAACACCAUUACCAGUUAUUUUUGUGGUAAACUCCUGAUGACCAUUCCUGGAACCUUAAGAGUUCCACGGAACACAGCUUGAAAACCACUGCUUUAAUCAGUUGAAUUGUAUACAGUGAGUUUAUUGUAUUAGGCCAUUUACCAUCAUGCUAUAAAUAAAGACACGUGAUGAUCACAAUGUUUAGUUUUAAAAACGAUUGUAAGAAUUUUUCUAGCCCAAAUUAGUGAGUGUAAAAUAGGCCUAUCUGGGCUGUUUUUGUGCUCUUUAAUAAAGUGUUUUCACAACUUGUACAGACUUACUGUUGUGAGUACCACCACUUAGAUAGUGUUGCACGAAAUCUCUUGACAGUUUUUCAAAAGUGACAUUCAAAAACUUUUUAAUUAACAUUGUUAGCUAAUAAGACUUGAGCUUUCAUCGUGGAUGGCUUCAAAUUAACCGAAUUUAACUUUUUUUUUUUUUUUGUUAAAGAGGUUAAAGUUCAAUUAAGACAUUUAAUUGUAAAUAACUAGUUAGAUAGGACUAAGAUUAAUUUAUAAAAGUCAUACUAAAAAGUUCUUUUCAUGAAUGUGGGUGCUGAAUGAUGCUAAGGAAAGAAAACCCAAACUUAAAAAAACAAAACAAAAAUGGUAAAUAUGUCCUAAAGUUUAUGUUCAUGUGAAAAAAUUCAUAGCUUUUCUGUUGAUGUAAUUGUUUUAAGAAAUUCCUAAUUGUGACAAUCACUACAAAUGGAUUACAGAAAUGAAUCUCACCAGAACUGUUUUUUAUUUUACUUGCAAGUAUGACUGGCAGUUUAGUAAAUGUUCAUAGUAAAAAGUGUGAAGUUUUAUGUCUGUAAUUUUAACCAAGACAAAAUGGGCAAUAAAGUUGGAAACUUAGCUGCUUUAUAUAUGCCUAUUGAGUAUAAUAGUUAUUGCUUGUGUUGCUUACUAUAUAAUGUUACGUUAACAAUAGUUAAUAUCUGUUUGUGGUAUCUUGGUGUGUUUAUUCUUUUUUUUUAAAUCAAUACUUGUAUUUCCUGUGUUCUUGUUCUCAUAAAAAAAAAAAAAUGUGUGAAUAUUUACCACUAAUCUAGAUGACCAGCAAGUUAAAGCUCAAAAAGAAAGAGUUCAACCACUUUUCAUAGCUUGUGAAAAAAAAAACUUUCCAAUGUGAAGCAUAACAAAAACUUAUAAUUGGAUAUUUAUUAGCAAAUUGACCCUAGUUGUAAGGGGUUGAAACUCUGGUGUUAAAAGAAAUACUAAUUUUAUAUAGGGGCCAAUUUGCAAAAUGUCAUUAAUUUUUAAAAAAAUCAAAGUUGUAUUUUCCUGAAUUUGCGAUGAACAAUUGUCUGCCCUUUAACAAUUACAAAAGAUUUUUGAAAAUGAUACAGAUAUUGAAAAGAGCAUUCUAAAAAGUAUGACAGAAAAGUAUAUUUUACAUUAGGAAGUUUAGUAAUAGUACGAUGUAUUUUCUCACACUCGCUAGUAGGUGUAUCUAAUAUUACUCUGUAUCUUUCAUAGUAGCGCUUGUGAACGGAAUAUGUUGUUGUUGCAAGUAAUCUCAUUCACUCAUCUUAAAUAUCUGUUGUUGUUAAAUACAUGUAACAAAAUAAACCAUUGAAAUAACUUUACUGUUCUGUUUCGGUUUUUUUAAAGUUAUUUGAUCAUCAGGUAUAUCGGGUUUUAGACUCAAUUGCAAAUAAAAUUAUUAAACUUUACAUAAAACUUCAUGUAUCACAAAGUGGAAGCUAACACUAGGAUUACACAUAUUGGUCAAACAUUUCAGUAGAAAAAGAUAACACUGAAAUGAAUUUUGAUUGGUUGAUACUUUGAAGUUUUAUAUUUUGCUGUCAAGAUAAAUUAAUAACAAAUGUGUUGGUCAAAACAGUCACCACAAAGGUAAGCUAAAGAUCGAAUUUUUAUAUUUUGUUGCAAAACUGUUUCUUGAGAAACAUUCACAGGUAUGAGAAGAUGUAUUAUAAAAAUUAUAAACUGAAAAUGAAGGCCUGUAGUUUAAAUAUUCAGACUUUUGUAUGGCAUUGCGUUAAAAACGAAUUACGUGCAAAUUUGGUUUUGAAUGUUUUUCACUUCAAUCAUAACUAAAAAAUUUUUGUUUUUACCAACUAAAUAACAUCAUUGAUUCCAUAGUUGUAACCCAAAACUUUUUUUUGUAUUAUUUCAGUGUUUCAAAUAAACUCGCACUUCACAGAAA